ACCGUCACUGUCACCACUACUGCCGCCGUCGAUACCUUCACUGUGAUCACGAAUAUCCAGUAGGACAAGUUGGAAUUGCGUGCUAAUUAUUACUCGCUUCGACUGCUUGGUAAGUGUUACAUUAAUUUCAUAUACAGUAUCAUCUGAACAUUAGCAACUUCCCAUUCACUGUCCUUUUCUUUUCUUGCCUUAUCCUUCUUCCCUCUUUGUCCAGGACGGUCACGUAUUACGUAUCCUCAUCAUAUGUCCAUACACCUACAUCACAUACAUAUAUUAAAACUGUAUUUGUAUGUGUAUACCUACCUACCUAUCUAUGUACGUGUAUAUGUAUAUGUAUGCAUAAAACAUCUACGCUUUCGCAUUUUUCUUAACUAUCCGAUUACUACACUAUUGCGACGCUCGGUCAGUCUUCUUCUCACCCAUUCUCUUUACACUACUACACUACUACACGAUACACGCUACACACUACCACAUCCCCUUCACCAAGACGAGGUGUCUAUCGUGUGUUUGUGUGUGUACCUACGCUACUGUCGCCUAUCGCCUAUUACUCUUCACCCCCUUCCCGCUACCCCCCUAGACUCGCAGCCGUCCCGACCCGUCCCGUCCAUUGUCGAGACCUUCCCGACUAUCGCAUUGUACGCCCGCGCGGGUUUAUGGAUUUCCCCAUUUUGCCAUUACACAUACGUCAAGCGACAGAGAGCCACCCGGACACAGACAUCGACAUCAUAAACAGAUACUUACCUACCUAAUGUGUAUAUUUCUUGACAAUCCAUUUCGUCAUAUUUUCCUCGACUACCGAUAAACCCUUCCUGUCUCCAUAGAAUCAACCCAAACCCAAAAGUUACCGAACUUUCCAUCGAAGCUUAAUUCUUCCCAAUUCUCCUGGAAUCAACUAAUUGGCUUUGCCGAGCGAAGAAAACUCAUCAUCGAGUCGUGAGAACAAUUAGCGCACCAUCGCCAUC